AGCGCUGUGACGCUCGGCGCCGCUGUGUUCGCCCGCUCGGCCCGAGUGGCUGACGACAAAGGCGCAGCCGCGACCGGCACGCGGCGCGCCACCGGCAACCGCCGCCGGACCGCGACCGGAAGGGCAGCCCCAUCAAUCAUGCCGUCGGGCAGCCACCCCGCGUCGCCCUCGAAGCGGCGGAGCCGGAGCCCGGCGCCGCGCUUCGAGCCGGAGCAAGAGCCCGCGGCGCCGGUCGAGGCCCCGGUCGAGCUUGCGGAGGCGGCCGCGCCGGCGCCGGCCGAAGCAAUUGUAAACGAUGUGGUGCAAGAGUCGAUCGACGAGGCGUCAAGGAGAGAAGCGCUCUACAAGAAGGACGCCCCGGCGCUCGUCGCCGCGUCGCUCCUCCAGGACAUGUGGGCGUCGCUCCAUUUGCACGAGGCGCCGGCCCGGCCGACGUUCGGCGCGCCUGCACUUGAGCCCCCACCGCAAUUAAUUGACAACAGAACAAAUAAACAGAUCGGCAUCCGGCCCAAGGUCCAAAUUGUUAAAGCUGCGGGCUCUGCUACCAAUGCCGUCCGUUCCAGGAGGCGACCGUCGAGCGCGCCGGCUAGAAGAAGGCCUAGAAGUGCCAGGCCGUCGUCGGCGCGACCCGGGUCCGCCAAGGAACCUGAAAAAAGACCACCGGUACCUGAAAAGAGGAAGGAGCUCUUUCGGAGGGCCUCCAAAGACGAGACGCAUAUGAAGGUCUCGGCGUUCGCGCGGUGGCUCGAUCUCCAGAACCGCGUGUCCCUGAAGGAGGUGCAGGCCGUCCUAGGGUCGCUCAAGUACUCGCGGACGGCGCCGGUCGACGUCGUCGUGUUCGACCACGUCCUUGAUUAUCUCCAGGCCAAAAAUAAAAAAUGGGCCGACGAACGGCUCGUCAUGAUCGAUAUGAAGCCGCCGCCCCAGCCCAAGAAGAAGGUCGAGGCGCCGGCGCCCGCGCCGCCCGUCGAGGUACGGACGUACUACGAGCCGCCCGCCCAGCCGCGGAGCCCGCUGUUUGGACGAACGUCGGAACCGAAGGAGGAGCAGCCCGCGCCGGCGGCGGAGGAGGAGGCCCCCUCGCGGCCGGAGACGUCCUACGAGUUCACGGACGCGAGGCCGCAGUCCGCGCCGGCCGACGGGCGAAGGCGGCGGCGGAAGAAGAAGAAGAAGCGGCGCAAGUCCCGUAAGAAAGCGGGCUUCUUCUCGCUGAAGGCCGACGACGAAGACGCCAAAUUACCGCAUUUACGACCGCUCGCGAAGGCCCAGCAGCUGUCGCUGGUCGAAGACACGUUGUUCGCGCCGGAGCCCGGCGUCCGCGCGGUCGAGGAAGGCGGUGCUGAUAAAAGCGGAGGCGACUUCGUCGUGCCGUCGGGCCUCAUGUCGCGCGCCAUGUACUUGACCUUGAAGGCGGGCGGGGCUCCGGUGGUGCCGGCGUCGCCCGCGAAGAGCGAGCUUACUGUUGAAGAUAGUCCACAGAAGAAGCAGACGCGGGGCACGCAGCACCUCGACGAACUGCUCCGGAAAUUGGGCGUCGAGUGGGAGGAGCGCCCGUCGUCGGCGCCGGCGCUGCGGAGGCACUAA